AUGCGUACCUACGACGAUUCCUUCAGUGGUCAGAAGAUCUACCCCGGAAAGGGUAAGCUGUAUGUUCGAGGCGACAGCAAGAUCUUCCGAUUCCAAAAUGGCAAAAGCGAAUCUCUCUUCCUCCAGCGCAAAAACCCACGUCGGAUAGCCUGGACCAUCCUUUACCGCAGACAACACAAGAAGGGACUUUCUGAAGAAGUUGCCAAGAAGCGUACCCGUCGUGUUGUGAAGCACCAGCGUGCUAUUGUCGGCGCCUCCCUCGAUGUCAUCAAGGAACGCCGAACCAUGCGACCCGAAGCCCGUGCUGCCGCCCGUCAGGCCGCCGUGAAGGAGGCUAAGGAGAAGAAGUCUGCCGCUGAAAGCAAGAAGAGAGCCGAGAAGGCCAAAGCCGCCCAGGCAGCUGGACGAGGACAAGGUGGCCGAAUCCAGAGCAAGCAGGGUGCUAAGGGAUCCGCUCCCAAAGUUGCUGCUAAGUCUCGUUAG